AGGAAAGGAAACGCUUCACAAUGCUUGGCCCCAAAGUCCAGGUCAGCAUGCGCACAAGCACGGCGCACUCGCUGGCCACCACCAUAAACCACGCGCGCAAUCGAAAACGUCGAAAGCACGUCCGUAAUCGCCCCCAGCGAGCGAUCGCUCGGGAGCUUCCAAGCCCAAUCCUUUUCGCUCUUCGGGUUCGCCCAUGGCAGCUGGCAUCCACGUCGAGGAAGACGACGACGAGGGCUUCGGGGACUUUGCCUUCGCCACCAGCUCCGUGGCCGCCGCCUCCGUUUCCAGCAACGGCCGAGUCUCCGCCUCUCAGAACGACGACGACUGGUCCGAUUUUGUCAGCUUUGGUCCGAUCUCUUCUUCUAAACCCAUCACCGAUCCUUCGAGCAACUCGAGAUCGUCGGCGAAAAUGCCCGAUUUCUUCGCAGAUCGAUCGGUAGAACCGCAGGCCUGUGCUCCGGCGCCAAGUAGCACGAAUUCACCGGAUGCCCAGUGGCUGAAGCUUAAGCGAGCUAUACCGUUGUCGAUAUUCGGGGAAGAGGAGGAGAAUGAGGGAGAACCUGACGCAGCCGAUCCUUCAGUGGCCGAUGCUAGUCACGCGUCAAAGCUUGCAAAUGGUCAUUCGGUGAAGAGGGGUUCCGAUUUGAACGUCGGUGUCGGAUUGAACGAAUUAUUAUCUAAUCUGUAUGAUCGGAGCCCGAAAGUCGGUAAUCAAAAUGGAACGGAGACGGACCAUAACGCAAACUCGGUGGUAAACGGUCAGGAUCUGAACGUUGAAGCUCAAAGUGGGUCGAAUCUGAAGUUGAGUUCGAACGGAAUAGACUCCUCUGUGCUUAACGGAAAUGGUGAGUUAGCUGAUGAUGAAGAGUGGGAAUUUAAGUUUGUGGAUGCGGAAAGCGUGUCUGACGACCAGAACAUUAAGGAAAAGCAGAACAAAGUUGAGAAUGAUGCAGCUGAGAAUGUGAACGUGUCCAUUUCGAGUGGCAAUGGUUGGAAUUUUUUACAUGUUUCCACUCCGAACUUCGACAUGCUGAAGUCAGGCAUUAAUGGGCUUGUUAUUGAUUCUGUUAGAAAAGAGGAGGAUAUAGGCAACGAUUUUGGUUGGGAAUUCAAAGGUGCAGAAUUUGGAACUCAAUUUAAUCAGGAGAACUGUAAGGGUAAUGGGGCAACAUUCAGAAGUUCGCAGACGAUUGAAGCCGCUUUUGAUUUUAGCAACAGUGCACACGGACAAUCCGAUCUGUUUGUCUCAUCAAAGCAGAUUGCUGAUAAAUUUGUCAUGUCAAAUUCUGUGUAUGACUUGAGCCCAAGUCCCAAGAUUGACCUGAAAGGCACCAAUCAUGAAGUUAAUUUCAAUAAAUUUGAUGGAGUUGCCGAAACUGAGGAAAACGAUUGGGACUUUAGGUGUGCAUCUUCAGAAACUGGUUCAAGUUCUCAGGAUGAUCUGAAGCUCGCUGAUAACGGAGCAAAGACAAUUACAAUGGAGAGGAGUGCUAACUCUGCUGAAAAUCUUCGGGAAUUUAAGGACACCUUAUCAGAAGCUGCAUCAAAGCAUGAGAAAAAUGAGAAACAUCAAGGGAAUGGGAAAAAGGAAGCCCUGCCACUGUCUCUUUUUGGUGAUGAAGAUUUGGAGAAAGAAGAUACAAUUGUUCCUGGAGACGCUUUUAUCAAAGAACCUGCACCUGAUACAAGAGAUAGGACUAAGCUAACUCCAGGAACAUCCAUCAAUGAUCUCAUAUCCAGUCUGUACAGUGAAUCCAUGCCGAAUGCUCCUGCAGCUGAUGUUAAAAAGCUGAGUGAGGGUGCACUGAAUACCACCUGGACAAAUUUGGAACCAGAUUCAGCAAUCCAAGAGGACGACUUUGGUGAUUGGGAUUUUCAGGAUGCCUAUACACCAAGAGGAGAUGAACCUCAGAGCCUUGGCACAAGUACUCAAUGGCUAAGUAUCGAUGGGUCGAAUCCAAGCCACACUGUGCCAGUGUCCAGAUUAAAUAAUAAUUUAAACGUCUUAGAAGAUAUUUCUUGGGAGCAUGAGGAUGUCUAUUGUGGGACCAAAUCUGCAGAAAUCUCUAUGACCAGUCCCAUGGAUUCACUUCAAAGUUUUCGCAUUGAAUUAAAACCUGAUGAUCUUGUUCAAUUCUAUGGCAAUUUGAAGGAUGAGUUGUGCCUUGUUGCUCGCCGCCGUCUAAAUCAGCUGAAGGAGGCACAGGGCCCUGUUGAUCUUGCUGGUGAAAAUGCGAAGGCAAAAGCUCAUGAUGAGGAAAUUCAGGAGCUUCAUGAUGAGCUGCUUUCAAACAACUCUUUCUUGCAACUGCCCUCAGAUAAUAUAUCUGAGAGAGAUAUCAGCAUCAGUACAUUUCUUGAAGUCUUAUCUGGUGAAAAGUUCCAUGUGAUUGAGGCAGAGUAUAGCUUGUCGAGUAGAUUGUCAUCGGUAGAGAGAGAUUUAAAGUCACUGGUUGAACUCUUAAGGCAUGUAGCCUUGGUACUCAAAAUCUUGAAAUUCGGAUCAGCUGAGGAGCAAUCUAAAUAUGUUUCCACAUGGUCUAAGAUGAUCUCUGCUUGUGCUCGAGAGCUAAAGCAUGGAGCCUUAAUAUGGAAGCAAGCUCUGGGGAAGAAUGUUUCCCAUCAAAUUUUAUCUGACAAAGAAGGCAAGCAGCAUAUACUUGCACUUGGAGAAGUUUACAGAGCCGUCGGAGUUCUUGGGGCCUCAGCCAUGUUAUACAAACCAUGGAUUCUUCUUAAUUAUAGAGAUUUCUCUGGCAUGUCUGCUCUUUUAGAUGAAUGUACUACUAUAUGGUCCAGUUCAGGCCUCGAAGAAGCUCUUCAAAGCAUAUCCGAUCCUCUGGAGUUCCAAUAUGAGGAGACCGUCAAGGCUUUAUUGGAGUCCAUCAAACAUGUUUACACUCUCGAUGUAGGUGUACUUCAGAAGGCUAUUUUUUCUUGCGAAGAACCUGUUUGCCGUUUGUCCCUGUUGAAUCCAGGAACAGUGCCAGGUAUGAAAAUGAUCGUCUGGGACGAGGAGCAAUAUUUUCUCAAACUUGCUAAUCUAUGGGCAAAUUUGAUCAGCCGUGAUCCUCCAGAAUUGCCGUGUAUCAAGAUUCAUGGAUCAUGACGCGACGGUUGCCGGUCCGUCAUUCUGAUUCCCCACAAACAAGGCAUCAAUGGCAAAAACCAUAAAUGCUCCGAGAAAGUACGCACUAUACGGCGUCUUAGUGUGGCCGAAAUUCAUUCCCAUUCUUUCUCUCUUAGGCCCAUAAUUAGGGUGGAGGAGAGUCUUCUCCAAAGUAAAUUCUUUUUGGUCAUGAGUGUUGUAGCAUUGGUCGGAAUUGUUGUAGCAUAGUCGGCUUGAAUAGUUGCCACAUUCUCCGUAUAACAAUACAAGUGCUUCGAGUGAAAAUGAGAUGGGGAUUGCACCACUUUCAGUGCAUUGUGUAUUUCCCUUGUGUUGGAGACAUUUGAUGAUUCUGAUCUCCAAAAAUCUGUCUAGUUCUUUAUAAUUAGGUCUGUUUAUUUC